AUGUUGAUCUCCACACUUCGCGCUGCGGUGCGCGCCCCGGUGCGGGCGCGCGUAGCUCGCACAGUUCCAUGCACGUUGCCAACGCUUGUUCGUUUCUCGUCAACUAAGGUGACGACCUUGGAAGAGGCCAUGAAAAAUGUCAAGGCUGGCGACACUGUCAUGGUUGGCGGCUUUGGUCUCUGUGGUACCCCGGAGACGAUCAUUCAAGCCGCGUCGCAGAUGAAGAACGUCAAGGACCUGACUGUGAUCUCGAACAACAUGGGUGUGCCCGGCAAGGCGCUGGGUAUGCUGGCAGAGGCACGCAAGAUCAAGAAGGCGAUUUCGUCGUUCGUCGGCGGUAACCGUGCGUUCACAUCGCAAUUCCUUAACGGUGAGGUAUCGAUGCAGCUUGUCCCGCAGGGCUCGUUGGCCGAGAAGAUUCGCGCUGGUGCCGCGGGUAUUCCCGCCUUUUACACGCCCACAGCGCUGGGCACCGCCGUGGAGAAGGGCGAGUUGAUCACGCAGUACGAGACGCCGUCGCAGGCCGACAAGGACGCUGGCAAGCCGCUGGUGCCCAAGGCGUACUCGCCGCCGCGUGAGACGCGUGAAUUUAACGGCCGUACGUACCUGCUAGAGCAUGCACUGCAUGCGGACGUGGCGUGGGUGCACGCGUGGAAGGCCGAUGAGGCGGGCAAUGUGGUGUUCCGUCGUACAGCGCGCAACUUCAAUGACGUGAUGGCGCGUGCGGCACGCUACACGAUUGUCGAGGCGGAGGAAAUUGUGCCGGUGGGCAACAUUGAUCCUGACCAUGUGCACCUGCCGGGUGUGUUUGUCGCGGCGGUGGUCCCGUCGCAGAAGCCGAUGGAUCUGGAAAUUCUUACGCUCGACAAGGGCGAGACGAAGUCGUCGACAGACAAGCCGACGAAGCGUGAUCUGAUUGCAGGCCGUGCGGCGAAGGAGCUGAGCGACGGCAUGUACGUCAACCUGGGGAUCGGUAUGCCUGGCCUGGUCCCGAGCUUCCUGCCGAAGGGCGUGAAUGUGACACUGCACUCAGAGAACGGCCUGCUGGGUAUUGGUCCAUACCCCCGCACGGAAGCGGAGGUGGACCCGAACCUGACCAACGCCGGCAAGGAGGGCGUUACGUUCAUUGAUGGUGCCUCGUCGUUCGACUCCUCGGACUCGUUCGGUAUUGUGCGUGGUGGCCACUUGGACGUGACGAUGCUUGGUGCGCUGCAGGUGGCUGCGAAUGGUGACCUGGCGAACUAUAUGAUUCCCGGCAAGCUCGUGCAGGGCAUGGGUGGUGCGAUGGACCUCGUCUCGAACCCGGAUGCGACGCGUGUGAUUGUGCUGACGGAGCACGUGGACAAGUACGGCCAGCCGAAGGUGGUGGAGAGCACGACGCUCCCGCUGACGGGAGCUCGCUGUGUGGAUCUGAUUGUCACGGACUUGGCCGUGUUCAAGGUGGACCGCCAGAAGGGUGGUCUGACGCUGAUUGACCUGCAGCCCGGCGCGACGGAGGAGGAAGUGCGUGCGAAGACUGGCGCCUCGUUCAAGGUCGCCCUCUCGUCGGCGUAA